AUGUACAACUUCAUCUGGGAUGUGUUCAAGGCUCGUACACAACUUUCAUGGCAUGUGUUCUACUUGCUUGUGACCGGGCCUAUUCUCUUCGUUCUGUUCUCGCUCUGGAACUACUGGUACGCGCCUUAUGCAUCGCCACUCGCUUGCAUUAGAGGUCCGAAGACGAAACACUGGUUCUAUGGGUUCCUCACUCCAGCCGAGGCAAGAGAACUUCAAAUGUCACCGAAACUUCUAGAAUACUGUUCACAGUACGACGGGGUCUGGCACGCAACCUUCACAAACCGCAGACCAACACUUGUUCUCGGGGACCAGGAGGCCAUUAACUACGUUCUAAAUAACGCUCAGACGUACAUAAGGGCCGAAGCACAGAUGCGAGUGACACGACUGGUCUUCGGAGAGGGUCUGGUCGGUGUAGACGGCCCUCAACACAAGAGACAGCGAAAGGUGGUCGGCCCAGCUUUCAGCAGCGUCGCCGUAGACGGAAUGGCACCGGUCUUCUUUCUGAUGGCCGAGAAACUCGCCAACAACUGGAAGACUAGGUUCUCGGGAAGAAAAGUGUUCGAGACAAACGCCUACCGUGAUUUCGAAGCCUUGUCCAUGGAUAUCAUCGGGCUGGCAGGCUUCAAGUACGACUUCAAGUCCCUCCAAGGUCAACGUUCUCAGUUGGAAGCCGCCUUCGUCAAUGUCACUAAGAGUGCUGCUACAGGAUCUGCAUAUGCAUCCCUGAGAGCACAGUUUCCCUUGAUUGGAGCACUGGGCCACUUUCUGAGCAAGGAGCAGAUUCAGCUCGAUCGCUACAAAAGCGAUAUUGAGGACAUCAGUAAAAAGCUGGUUCAAGGGGCCAGGAGCAGAAUAAAGCAACCAAGUGAACGACUUGACGAGGCCGGCGAUCACAGGAGCCCUCGAAACAGAGACAUACUGACCCUUCUUGUCCAAUCUAACCUGUCAAGCGAUGAGAAAGAUCGUCUUCCUGAAGAGGAAAUUGUAUCCAUGGUGCCGACAUUCCUCUCUGGUGGGUACGACAACAACGCAGCCGUCAUGUCCUACGCUGUCUACGGCCUGGCACACUUCCCCGAAACCCAGGACCGUCUUAGAGACGAGCUCCUACACCCCCCAAAAGAAUGUUCCAGCUGGAGAGACAGCCUCCGCGCUCUGGACCGCCUGCCCUACCUAGAUGCCGUGACGCGGGAAGUCCUCCGGCUAUACAGCUCCGCGCACUCGAUCCCCCGCACCUGCUCCAAGGACGAUAUCAUCCCUCUCGACAAGCCGAUCCAGUUGCGCGACGGCACAUGGACGGACCAAGUACGCAUCGCUGCGGGUGACGACGUCGUAAUCCCACAGAAGUGGAUGAAUAUCGACCCGGCCAAAUGGGGCCCCGACGCACACGUGUUCAAGCCGGAACGCUGGAUUGAGAGUCAGUGGCACCCACACUUCGUGGGCGGACUGCCCCCAGGAGUCAAGAAUUGUAAAACCUCGGGAUGGAGCAAUCUGAUGACGUUUUCGCUCGGGCCGAGAAAUUGCAUCGGCUAUAGGAUGGCGGUGGCCGAGUUCAAGGUUGGCCUUGCGGUAUUGGUGUCCAACUUUGAGUUCAAAAAGCAUGAUGAGAUGAAGCACGUCUACGGUGAGGUUCAGAUUGUUGACAGGCCACGUGUUCGGGGAAGAGAGGGUUACUGUAUGCCUGUAUGGGUGAAACGUCUGUGA